CGUGACAUGCAGCCACAUGGGUACAGCGCCCGUGUACUUCGUAGUGGAAAAAAAGUGAAGCUUGCUUGUCACCAAUAUUGAUGUUCACGAACAUCAAAUUGUUUAUGCGUUAUUUCGCCCACUUUAUGCACUGGAAAUAAAAAGUUCUUCAAUUUCUAGCAAAUUUCACAUAUGAAUUCAUAAACACAUCGAGAAAACACAACUAUUUUUUCACAUAAAAAGCAUAAGCAAGAUGAUUUUUUCGUUGAUGGUUGUUCGAUCCUGGAUCGUUUGUGAUUCAUCAACGAUUUGCAACACAUCCAUUUUUGAUUUCGAUAUUCCAACUGAAUACGAUGUUUUGUAUUCAUUAAACAAUUCCAUUUUGAUCAGAAAAUAAUUUUUUAUUGAAAUGGCUGUGACGAAAAACCACGCGAACGAUUGCAAACGAUAGCACAAACAUUAAUGUCUAGGAACAUCAAAUUCGAAUUGACAUUAUUGUCAAAGCGAAUUCAUCGGGAAACACUGACUUGAAGUUCGACACAAAUGUCAAAUUAAUUCGCCGAUGUGAAGCAACAAAACAAAAUAAAUAAAAAUACAAGCAAACAAACAUUUUGUGUUGAUCUAAUCUGCAAGUUUUAUAUUUUUCCAGAAUAAAAACGCCUGCCGGUUUGCUGAUGUUCCCCGAAUCGACCGACGAAGUGCCCAGUGCCCACCACCGAUGUCGAAGAAGACAAACUAAUUUCCGUGAUAAUUUAAAUUUUGCCAUUCAACAUUCCAAUAAGGGCAAACGCAGUGUAAUCGAAAAACAUUUGGAAGGCAUCAAGCAUUGGGGCCUAAAUCGACAUGACAAAAUCAAUCAACCGUCCCAUUGUAUUGCGAAAUCGACGCCAAAGGAAGAAAUUGAAUGAUAAAAUCAUUAAUCUUCCGUAUUUGAUGUUCCUAGACAUUAAUGUUUGUGCUAUCGUUUGCAAUCGUUCGCGUGGUUUUUCGUCAUAGCCAUUUUAAUAAAAAAUUAUUUUGUGAUCAAAAUGGAAUUUUUUAAUGAAUACAAAACAUCGUAUUCAGUUGGAAUAUCGAAAUCAAAAAUGGAUGUGUUGCAAAUCAUUAAUGAAUCACAAACGAUCCAGGAUCGAACAACCAUCAACGAAAAAAUCAUCUUGCUUUUGCUUUUUAUGUGAAAAAAAGUUGUGUUUUCUCGAUGUGUUUAUGAAUUCAUAUGUGAAAUUUGCUAGAAAUUGAAGAACUUUUCAUUUCCAGUUCAUAAAAUGGGCGAAAUAACGCAUAAACAAUUUGAUGUUCGUGAACAUCAAUAUUGGUGACAAGCAAGCUUCACUUUUUUUCCACUACGAAGUACACGGGCGCUGCUUGUACGAAAUUCCGUUUGUAUGAAGCAUGUCACGCCGAUGUGAAAAAGACAUCAAUCGAUUGAUUUAUGACAAAAUAUUGACAAUAUUAAAAAUAUUGUACAGUAUAACCUGUCAAUAACGGAACCUGGGAAUAGUGGAAAUCGUGUCAAUAGUGGAAAAAAAAUGUGGCCGUUGAGCUCUCCCAUACAAAUUGACCUGUUAAUAACGGAAAACCGAAACUCCGAAUAGUGGAAAAAAAUUUCUUGACGAAAUUUUUAGUCGUCUUCUAUUCAUCUCUUUUUCAUAUGAAACUAAUUUUUUCCUUUAUCAAAACCACUGAUCAUCAUAAAAUUUGUGCAGUACAAUUUACAUUACAUUCAUUUCAGUAUUAUUUUUCACUUUUGUCUGCCAAAAUCAUUGCUUAUUUAUUGAAGCAAACAAAUUUUUGACGCUUCCAGCAAAAACAUAUUCACUCGAUCAGUGCAUUUACAUUAAGUUUGGUAAUCAUUGUUUCGUUUCAUGAAAUGCAGAAUUCAUCGCUGACAAAUUGAUAGUGUAAAAAAUGAGUAUCAUUUACCUUCCCAUUUUGAGUCAUUGUUUAGACUGCUUGAUUAUUUUAAAAAGUGAUGUUUGUCAUUCACUCAGUGAAUUUCACCGUUUUUUCACUUUCGUUUUUCCAUCAUUCAUUUAGUAAAAAAAAUACUUUUAUUUCAUUAUUUCCUUUUCACGUUCAUUAUAUCACUUGAUUUGAUAAUUGGAUACCCAUAAAAAUGUAUGUUUUGUUUCUUUUUACCCUCAAUAAUGGAAAAUCUUGUUUGAAUCGACUCAAAAACCUCUGAAUAACGGAUCCUGUGAAUACUGGAAUUCUUGUCAAUAGUGGAAAAAAAAAUUCGCUACGGGAUUCUGUUAUUGACAGGUUUUACUGUACGAGAUUGAUUCUGUUUAAAUAUUAGUCUUUAAUGUAGAUUUGCGAAAAAGGUCGAAAUUUUUCAAAUAAGCACUUCAUUCAAGCCAGCAUAAAAGAAAAAUCAAGUGGCGACUCUAUCGGUGGCCGCUGACACUCUUCCCAAUUGUUCACUCCUAAAUAUAGACUUCCUCCAACCAUUAAAGUUUGACUCAAGCUGCGCACUCAACUUAUUUACUGUCAACAUUUGACUCAUUCGAUAAUUAUAUUGUAGUAUUUAGCAUGCGAUUAAAUAGAGCGUGAAAAUUGUUGAAUAAAUAAUAAGCAUAAAAAACGUUUGAAUAAUUGAGUUUUCCAAUCAAUUACGCAUAUAAUUUCCAAUUGAAAUCUAAAAGUAAAUAAUAGAAAUUUAAUUGCGCUGUCUCAUCCCUAUUAGAAAAAAAGAAAGAAGAUAUCGUGAGAUGAAGCGCUACCGCUUGGCAGAUCGACGAUGACAGAAGCUUCGUUCGAAGCAGAGAGAAGAAAAAAAAACAACAACGGCAAACAAUGUGUUUAUAUUUACCACACAAAACAAAGUGCACUUUGCAUUGAGUCGAACAAUAAGCGGAUAAACGUAUAUGAGUAAUGGCGAUCAGAGCGGUGACAACUCCAAACAGCGAAUAAAUACGUCGUACACUGAGAAUCAAGUGAAAAUCUAUUCCGUUUAAUUGUGAGAAAUAUUGGAAACAAAUUCGAAUCAUAGAAGCGAAUUAAAUUCGCUGGACCGAACGAGUUGUGUGGAUAUUGCGUAAUUUUAUGAAAAUGAGCAUGUCGAUCAAAACGAGAAGUUUAGUAUUCGCGACAUUUUUUGUCAAUUGUAUUGUUGUUGGUUUGCUGUUAGCCAGUUUGAUAACGGAGCAUUGGAUCGAGGCGGAAGCAAGAAUGCCGAAUUCGGCGAACGCAACUGGCACCGUGCACUUUGGCCUAUUUUCGGGCAAGAAAACAUUAGACCGUGGCAUUGGAUCACGUUCAUCAAAAAUUGACGUACCAGCCACGCUACGAAGUGAACCAAAUUUUAUGAGCUACUGGCUUUGGUUGGGCACAUUCGUUGGCACCGGGCUGGGUCUAUUCUCCAGUGCAAUCGGUGGCAUUGCUUCGGUCAUGAAAUCAGCUUCACCACAAAAGAAGCACGGAACUAUGUGUCUUCUGUUUUUUAGCAAUGGAGCAUCAGCUAUAUCACAGUUACUGGCAUUUUUGUGUUGGAUCGGCGAGUUCUAUGGCUAUUUGAAAACGAACGUGUUGAUGGCUGAGGAUCGCAAGAAGACAUGGCACACCAUAAAUCUAUCCGAUUUUGGUCAUAGUUUUUAUUUCGUGUUGGCCGGUAUACUGUUUGUGAUAGUGAACAUCGUGAUUUUAGUUGUAGUGCUGGCCAUGGAAAAGAAAGAGCGUCGCCCAGUUCGUCAGGAGCCAGUUGAUGAGAAAGCGGCUGGCGCAAUUAUGCUCUACUAAAUUUAAGCAUUCGUACAGCUAUUUCUUUAUGUUUUACUAAUUCCGUCCGUGUAUAUUUGAUUUUUUUUUCUUUCUUCAUCUGGGGUAUUUUCGGGUAUUUGAUCUGUGUGAAUCGAUCACAGCAGAUUCAUUUUUUUUGUCUGCUGAUUUACUCAAUAUUUACGAGUUUAUGUAACCGAAUGACUGUCAACUCAACAACCAAUAUAUUAUUAUUACUUUUUCUCUCUCUCUCUGAUGUGAAUAUUAGCUAAGGACUAGUAGCUAAUAACAUUUUUUUUUGUAUUGAAAUCUAAUCAGUUUCCGAAUCAACACACGUGUGUUGAAUAAAUCAAGUAUUGUUUACCAUGUAAUUAGGUUGUAGGUCGUCGAUCGAACAAAAAUCGUUUAAUACAUGAACUAUUUGAUUUUUGUUUUAGAUUUUUAGAUAGGGAGUUACUCAAUAACACAAAUGUACUCAAACGGGCACAAAUUGUGAUCUGAAUUUGUUUGUUUAUUUUUUUAAAAUUUAUCAAUUAUUAUUGUUAAAUCGUUUGUGUGACACAUCACACACGAAACGACCAAUGACUACCAACAAAAACAAAAACAACAGCAUAAUAAAGCUGCCGAAACAGAGACGAGACGAUUUAUUACAUUUUCAUUAACGCGGUCGAAACAAAGAAAAAAAAAUGUGGGAAAGAAAUAAUGCAGUUUGAAUCACAAUCGAAAACCAACAAAAUUAUUUGUGUAUUUUUUUUUAUUUCAUUUCUAAAACAAAAUACAAUAUUGCAAAUUCUUAUGCGUAAUAAUAAUAAAUGAAUGCCAUUUCACUUAAGCUAGGACAAUCGUAAUUUAAAGAAGAGAAGAAAAAAUAAAAUGUAAAAAUAAUUCUCACAAUUGAUAUUUGUUUUGUGUUCGAGAAAAAAGAAAUAAUACUAAUUAAUAAACAAACAAAAAACAACAAAA